AGGGAGGCGGAACUGAUGCGUGCAACGUUGGCGCAGCCUGUGUCCCUUGAUCCGGCAACGCAAUCUGCUUCACAAACAAUUAGCGCACACUUUUUAGCUAACUAGAGCGUAAACUUACGCACGCGCACAGACACACACACACACACGCGCGCCCACUCUCACUAUCUCACUCGAAUAGAGUCGACGGCACAACCUUUGCUACGCGACGCACGCUGCAAGUUCUUAAAGCGGCGAUGGAGGAGCGUCGUGAAUGCCCGCCAUUCAAGCUUGGAAAGUCCAUGUUUGACCAGACCACAUUCUACGGACGCCUUCGGCACUUCCUCGACAUCAUCGAUCCAAGAACUCUGCUCGUGAGCGAGAGGGAGGUCCUGCGAGCCGUGGAGACUCUCGACGACUACAAGAAAGGCGUCGCUCGUCCCGGGGUGACGGACAAGCAGCUCUGGGAAGCGCAGAAAGUCAAGCAGGCCAUUUUGCACCCUGACACGGGCGAGAAGAUUUUCAUGCCGUUCCGGAUGUCAGGUUACGUACCGUUUGGGACCCCCAUUGUUGUUGGCCUCCUACUCCCCAAUCAGACGCUCGCCACCACGGUCUUUUGGCAGUGGCUGAACCAAAGUCACAACGCGUGCGUGAACUACGCCAACCGCAACGCCAGCAAGCCAACGCCGACCGCGCGCUUCGUGCAGGGAUACCUGGGAGCAGUGGGCAGCGCGGUGGUGCUCGCGGUGGGACUAAACGUCUUCAUUCAGAGAGCCAGCGGCUUCAGCCCGGCCACCCGUCUCCUCAUCCAGCGCCUCAUUCCCUUCCCUGCCGUGGCCACCGCCAACGUGUGCAACGUUCUGCUGAUGCGGCACAACGAGCUGCAGGAGGGGGUGGACGUCGUGGAUGAGCACGGCCGCGUCGUGGGGACCUCGCGGACAGCAGCGAAGCACGCGCUGGCGGAGACGGCGGUGACGCGCAUCGUGCUGCCCAUGCCCAUCCUGGUGCUGCCCCCCCUCAUCAUGGCGAUGCUGGAGAGGACCGCGCUGCUGCGCGCACGGCCCCGCCUCGCGCUGCCGCUGCAGACCCUCGUGUGCACCGCCACCUUCGCCGCCGCGCUGCCCCUCGCCAUCGCCAUCUUCCCGCAGUACUCCCAGAUUGACGUCUCCCAGUUGGAGCCAGAGAUACAAGCGUCGACCACGGACAAGAUCCUCACUUACAACAAGGGCCUGUGAGCCAAGUGACGGCCUCCUUUCUCCACCCUGGAAGACGCCUGCAAGAAUUCAACAAAUCUCAACUCUCACCAUGGCUCGCACCUGCACGACCCUCCCAGGCAAAGGCCCUCAUCGCGUUGCGUCGCGGUGCGUGUGCCUCUCGCCGCAUGCCGCAUGCCGACCGACGCGGCGUGCGGUAUUUUUUUUCACCUCUCUCUCUUUCCCCGGGAUUGUUUGGCGUUGUGGACGUAAUGUGACAUGCGCCUUUAUUGAGCAGCAAGUCAUAAUUCUCGGCAAACCUUUUGACCCGCAGGAAUGCGUGAGCUACUUAAAAAUAACCCCCCCCCCUCCCCAAACGCAAAUUUACAAGAGUAAAGAAAAAAAAUCUAAAACGCGGCCCUACCAAGAUAGAGAAAUGUAAUGGCUGUUAUUUAAUGCCGUGCCUUCCUACGGCACAGAAUGAAACCCUUCGCAGUGAACACGGAACAAAAUCCCUCCUAGGUCAUCAACAACAACGCUUUGAAAGAUAAGCCGAUACAAGCUUAGCAUAACGUUCACAUGGGAGGUUGAACCCGAAGAAAGGGUAGGGAGAGAAAAAACCGCGUGUUUUGAGCGCUGCACAAACGGACAGCUGCACUAACUCGAAUUCCUGUCGCGUCCGGCACGACGCGACAAUGAUGCAGGGCCUUUGUCGAGAGACACGGGACGGGGGGGAAUGAGCGGACCAGGAGGGGAAGAGCCGCUCAUUACGUAAUCGUCGCCGAUACCUGCACGCACAACGCGGAACCUCCGACUAGCACGGUUGGCUACGUACGGUGCGAAAGAAGUCCUACGUACGUGCCCAGUUUUUUUUGUUUGUUCCCCCCACAUCGCGUGCCAGCCGGGUUUGAGCGACAAGUCCGGUCCGUCGACGGGUGUUGAUUCUCUCCCUCGUGGUCGCACGCGUGCAUCGGCAGAGAAGCGCAUCGGGUAGCGACGAUUCGCGUCACGUCACAACGGCUGUGUCACGUGAGCCCCCCUCUCCCCACCACGAGUCGCUAGAGCUGCUGACACCGCUAUUGACUGCAGUGUUAAAACAAAAUACUGUCAUUGGUUCUUGAAAUGUGUGUCAUGGAUCGUGGGAAUUCAUCGAAUCACUCAGUGCAGUGGGUGGGGGGGGGGGUGCAGGGUUUGAGGGGGUCUGGACCUUGCCCAUUAGCCUGCUAGGCCCGUAAUUGGGUCUUGAGCUCACAAUCCGAAAGUUGGAUCCAUAAACCGGAUUGUGCGCGUAUUAACAGCCGAUUGUUUACCGCUCAUAGAGAUGAGACGCUCACGAUAUAUUUAGGCUAACGGAGUGAACAAAACUGUACGAACUCGAAGGGAAGAAAGAGAAUGCAGAUGACACGAAGUAUAAUCGAUUCUUAAAUCGCUGGGAAGGCGAGGUGUAACGCUUCUGCCUAGCGGGCAUGUUGCGCUGCAUAGAUUCGUCGAUUACAACUGAUUCAUUAUUAUGAAGCUAGCGAUAAGCGCAUUACAUCGUUUGUGUAAGGGUGAGUUGUUUUUGACGCAUCCUGUUCGUGGUGCGUUAUGUGUUUGUACGACGCCGGCAGCCACAAGUGACGAUUUGUUUCCUCUCGUUCCGAUGAAUCGUCGCGAUUUGAGGUCACGGUUCGAUUACAGAAUCAAUGUGGGGGGAGGAGAGGGGUGUGAUUGUUGUGGAACGUUAAUGUAGCGUCUCUAGUGGCUGCAAGGGUCGCGUGCGCCAAACGCAACGCAAUGAUUUUGCUGCGUUCCGUAAAAAAGAAAGCCCUGGUUGGUGCCAUGCAGCAUGCACAUGCGAGUCGUAUUAUAUUAUUGUCGUUGUUGUUUCAGUAAUCUAAAUCGACGAAUCGGUGCCUCGUGACUUACCUAGAGAAUAAGCAAUUGCUUUCAAUCAUCUUGACCAAGGACUCGAGAACGUUGAAAGUACGCUUUGUUGUGAGUUCGCUUUGGUCAGAGUCUUGAGCAUGAUAUCUGAGAUAAUUGUCCUUGGCAUGUAAGGUUGUGAAUUUAUUCAAGUCGCAGUCAUUAUUGUUCGCUCUCGUGCCCGCAAAAUGUGUAGUAGCUGCAAAUAAAUGACAUUGCGGGCUUCCAUAAACCAUGCCACAUAACCAUAAUAUAUUCGUAAAACAGUAUAUGACUAGAGUAAUAAUGAAUCUAAUGCUGGAUUGAAGGGCUUCUCACAUCGUGAUGAUCAUUGGGGUUGUUUGACCAUACUUCACCAUGGUAGCCAGCGUAGGUGGGUGAAGGAAGGGGGGGGGGGGUGGCCAGUUCUGGUUCAGAUGUCAGCCCCUGGUUGGGAAUCGAACUAGGUGUGGCUGGGUUGAUAGUGCCAGUACUCUGUCUCAACGCGGUGUCAACACUCCACAGUUGUCUGUCAUGUAAUAAUGUAAUUAAAGAAUGUAACGUUUACAAGAUGUAUUAAUUGUUGAUGCGUGACGCUAAGUAUAAUUUUAAUAAUGGUGUUGUUGAAAAUCCCACUCGCACUUGUGGUGUGACUGUUUUGUUACAAUUUACGCCGCACACUAAACAGGGUAGUAGAUCUAUUGAACAAUUUCUCACCGAAAUAAAGUUUACACUUCAGUUGUAUCGUU